AUGCACACUUCAACUGCCGCGGGGCAGCCGCCCGGCCUCGUCAGAAAGAGACAGGACAGAAUCCUGUAUCCUCGCAACCUGAAAGACAGGUUUCUGGGACUUUCCCCUCUCUUUUUUCCUUGGAAACCCACAGAGCUUCCACGCACCCCCGGCUCCCCUAUGGCUCCGAGAGCCGACGCCACGCACCUUCCACCCACGGACCCCUCAGCGCCUCAGCACCUCAGCACCGACGACAGAGUGCGCAUGCGCCUUUACGUCAUCGCGACCGCGACGGCCUCGCGGGUGAGGCGUGCCGGCGGGACGUGGGCGGGGCUUCUGGGCGGGGCGGGGCGAGGUGAGGGCGAGGUCACGUGCUGCCCGCCGCCGGUGGAGGGGCGGGGACUGGGAGCUGUGGGUCCGGGUGGGCUCCGCGCUGACUCGCUUCUGCUUGAGCAGCCAGAGGGCUGUGGCCGCCUCCGCGCGCCGGCAGGUAAGGAAGGGCAGGUUGGGCUCGUGGGUCGGGGGCGGAUGCGGGCCUUGGCGAAGCCGGGCACUGCGGGCCAUGGGGCGGGAGGCGACGCGGCGCUGCCGGGGCGCCCCAGUGAGGGCGCGCGGCCCCUGGCUGACCCGCUGACCUGGCGCUGGGCGUCAGUCCCCGGCCGCCGAGAGCACCUGCCGGUACUGUCGGCCACAGGAAGGAUGGUGAAAAUGAGGAGGAAACAAGUCUCCGCAGUUCAGAUCGGAACCUUUCAGACCACAGCUUCUAUAGCUGUCACGCGAAAGGAUGAAUAA